CCGAGUUGCUUGUCCUCCAUCUGAUCCGUGUGAGCUAUUGCGGUUGUGUUGUGUAGAGACGUAAACAUCCAAUAACAGAAGCAACCAAGCAACAUGGAAAACACACCACGCAAGAUUGUGGUGCUCAAUAUGAGAGACGGAAAAUAUGUUUUAUCCGAGAAGCCGCAGCCUACAGCUUCCUCAUCACAACCAACACUACAUCCAGAUUUUAUAAAACAACUACCGACGGCAAAAAAUACAUCAAAGAACAUCCAACCUCCAACAAACAUCGUUCACCGCAGUGUUUCCGCAGCUUCCUCAUCACAACCAACACUACAUCCAGAUUUUAUAAAACAACUACCAACGGCAAAAAAUAUAUCCAAGAACAUCCAACCUGCAACAAACAUCGUUCACCGCAAUGUUCCCGCAUCCAUUUCGGAUUCCAUUUUUUCCGCAUCCAACAAACCCAACAUUUCCAAACCCAUAAGCAGCAAUAGUCCCAUAAAUCUAGAGACAACAAAAUCUUCUAUAGACGCAGGAUUGCGCGAUCUUUUAGUUUCAAUUGGACAGAAAAUGGAUGACAUGACAAAAAAAUUACAAAUUUGGACCAGAAACUUAAUGAAAUAGAAACUUACCACGCCAACAGGGUUCGAGUUGUUGAGAAAAAUCAAGCAAUUAUUAAAACUAAGCUGGACUUGAUCUUAGAUAAAAUCUUUCCUCGUCCAGGAUUAGUAACAAAUAGUUCAUUCAACUGGGAACCGAUCGCAUCCAAAGAAAUGUUGGAUGCAGUGGAUCAGCAGCUUAAUGAUCAACAGUACAAAAAAGAAUUUGAAGAAUAUCUGGAAUGCCAGCUGCCAACAGAUAGCUCGGAAGAAAGGCUUCAUUCAGCGAUGGACAUCAUAUUUGCCAGACAGUUUGUUAUAGAGAUGAGCUGGACGGGAAUUGGACAUCCGAACCAAAAAAUUCCGUUGUUUGGAUAUAAAAAUAUUCUUGCUUUAUUUAAGCACAUUGGAACCUUUCACGGAGUAACUCCAACUCCUCAAAAAAUUAAAACAUUCUUCCAAAAUAAAUUGAAGCAUGCCCGCCAAAGACUGAACCUAGAAGGUAAGAUUAAAUCCACGCACCACAGACAUCAACAUUCUCAUUAUUAGUGUUUUUUUGUUUUGUUAUAAAGUUCCUUCACUAACUAAGUGUCCUUAUUUUUUUAAAUACAUGUAAAAUCAAAACGUUAGUUGGGUAGCAGGCAGGAUCACCCUGUACCGAGUAAAAUGAGAAGGAUCACCUUGGGCAGAGGAUGAAAAGUAGAUCAGUAGCGAAACGUCAGCAGAGCGAUAAGGUCAUGAAAUAAAGUUGCUGCUCCGUAAAUUCUUCAGUUGUUCCAUUUCUCCCAUUGUUACAUUUGGUGUCAGAAGUGGGAUAUACCUAUUCCCAAAACCCGUUUGCUGUGUGCGGCUGGUCCUAUUAGUGGUUGCUGUGUGCGCCAAAAUAAAGACCUGCACGGGUGUGAAUAUACCGAUACGCGGAAAAGGUUCACUUUACUAGCUGUGUGCGGCAGGUCGUGUGAGUGGUUGCUGUGUGCGCCAAGGGAUCGACGUGCGCGUGUGUGGUAGGCGAUUCCUGGAAAGUAUUCGGUGCUUCGGCUGUGUGCUGUUAUUCAUGUGAGAGUGCUGUGUGCACUAAAAAAGAAACAAUCGACGUGUAUGUGAGCUGUGUGUUACAGGUCGUGCGGUGUGAAUAAACUAUGGAACGAUUGGUGGAAGAAUUUACGCGUGUUGGCCUAGUGCGAAAGUGUGAAAUGGCUGGCUUGGCUACGUCCGGCAGUAAAGAGGACCUGGCGAAACGGAUCAUGGAUUCCGGAAUAACCUUAGAAGCCGUUCCCGAACAAAAUUCCAUCGAAGAUGCCGCGAACACAACGGGCUAUAUGGAUGCGGAAAGCGGAUCGCUAGUAGACGCGACAAAAACGGCCAUAAUCCAUACACCAGUGCAGCCAUACUCAUUCCGAGAUGUGGAGGACGGAAUUGAGCCCUAUGGAGCGGAUUUGACAAAGGAUAUUAGAGCGUGGUUCGACGAUUUUGAGGGUGUCGCAAAAAUGGCACUGUGGUCCGAAGACCAAAUGUUCAUCAUGUGUCGACGUAAGAUGGUGGGCAUUGCGAGAAGUUUCCUGGCAACGGAAAAAACUUUAUCAUCCUACCCGGUGUUACGAUCUAAGCUGAUAAAGGAAUUCGAAAAGAUAGUGCGCUCGGGUGAUGUUCAUAGAAGGCUUAUGGCUCGACGGAAAACGCAUAAGGAAACUAUGCUUGAGUACGUAUAUGAAAUGCAACGCAUAGAUCGUGACGCCGAUAUUGACGAAUGCAGCCUAAUCGAAUACAUCGUGGACGGCGUGACCCAUGAAACAAGAAUGCGUGCGUCACUGUAUCGAACGAGCAACAUGACCGAGCUAAAGCAGGAAUUGUUAUUCCUUGAAAGAGCAGAAGCCAAAAGAACAUCGGAAAAGAGUGUUACGCGAGUUGAACCAAGAAAUCAACGAAAAUGUUACAAUUGUGGCGAUGUCGGACAUGAAGCUAAGAAGUGUGUUAAAGAAGAAAACCCGAAAAAAUGCUUCGAGUGUGGUGGUGUUGGUCAUCGAGCAAGGGAAUGUGAUUCUCGAACAAAAGGACCGAAAUGUUAUUCGUGCGGUGAGCGCGGCCACGUGUCGAACAGUUGUCCAAGAAAUCGAAACAGGCACAAUCCUGGGAAUACGAACCUCGUUUCGAGUGAAAAUAGUGGAACUGUUGACAUGCGCAUCGGGCAAUACUAUUUCAAAACGCUUUUUGACACCGGCAGCGAAUACAGUUUGUUACAAUACAGUGUUAGGAACAAAAUCGGUAGCCUAUUGUUGGCAAAGACCGACAUGGUAUUCAACGGUUUUGGUGAAAAAAAAACGAAGGCAUUGGGUCGGGUAGAAACCGAAGUGUGUAUCGACGGGCAAACUUAUCCGGUAAUGUCUUUUUAUGUGGUCCCAGACAAUAGCAGUGUUUACGAAGUGAUUUUGGGAAGGGAUGCGUUGUGUGCGAUGGACGCCUUGGUAACUGCGGAGGGUUUAACGCCCUCCUCAGUUAAACUUAAACCAAGAGUGAGCGAGAAUCAGGAACAAUUCGAUGUGUUGUGUGCGAAUGCCUUGACGAUAAACGGCGCAAAUGAAGUAUCAAUACAUCAUCAGUAUCGGAAUGAGACAGAGCAUCGGCCCGGAUCAAGCAGUGCUUCAAAAAGGUUCAGAUUCAAAUUCUGCGCUUGUGAAAAAUAAAGUGAAUUGCAGCGAGUGAAACG